AGUCAUGAUCCUGACUGGGACCUUGUUUAUGUUGGUCGUAAAGAGCUGAGUCCUAAUCUUGAGAGUAUUAUUCCAGGAACAAAGAACCUUGUAAUACCUCGGUACUCAUAUUGGAUGUUAGGUUAUAUAAUAUCAAAUAGAGGAGCUGAGAAACUGAUAGCUGGGAGACCUUUUGAUAAUAUACUACCAGUUGAUGAGUACAUACCAAUAAUGUAUAAUGACCAUCCUGAGAGUGAUUGGGUCCAUUAUUAUGAGAACACUACUAGAGAUUUACGUGUCUAUUCUACCUAUCCAUUGCUAGUCUAUCCAACUCAUUUUGCUGGUGAUAAAGGAUGGUACAGUGACACAGAGCCACCAAUUGAGGUACUACAGGAGAUACAUAAAAGAAAGUUAAAAGAAGAAGAGGAGGAAGCAGCAAAGAAGGAAAAAGAGAAAGAAAAGGAAAAGACAGAACUGUAAUGAACUACAAUUAUUAGGUGAAAUGUACAUACAUGUAUUCAAAUGGCAUACUAUUAUUAUUGAUAUUAUUAUUAUUUUCAAGAUUAACAAGACAUCAUUUAAAAUAGCAA